UCUCGUAUAAGGUUUCAAACAUGCUUGAUUGGCUUCAGUAUCAAUUACAAUUUUCUAAUAACGUCGAACACGUCUUUCGGCGUUCGUAUUUAAACCUCGUAAUUUACUCGAAAUGGCAGAAACGCAAGUACAGGAAACUACAAGCCUUUUAAGACCAUCGCAACCGCAAUACGUUUUUGAAUCCAGCAUCGCCCGUGCGCGGAAACGAAGAGUGAAACAAUUCCAGUGUUGCGUGUGUACGAUUUUUCUAGUAGGCGUUACAGCGGCUGUAGUAAUUACUGUAGCUUACAGUAUUAACGAUAACGAUAACCCUAUAUCAAACGAUAAUUCGACGGCAAUCGAAAGCGAUGUGGUCCCUUUAGAAAGCUUUCUAGUAUUGCUUAAUAGUCGAAACUGGCCUUUGAACGAUGAAAUUUCAAACGGACUUGAUAAUAUCACUACGGACAUUCAAGACGCGUUGAUUGCAGGGAAAAAAGCUCUUUCCGAAAAAGACAGAAUGGAAACGUAUAAUCCUUCUCUAUCUAUCGAUAGCCCCAGCUACAGACAUCAAAAAGCAUUUAGUUUUUCUGAAAAAGCUCGGAAUUUGUCCAGAAAAGGAUACGCAGAAGAAUAUGCGACCCGAUAUUUAUACGGUAUUCAGAAUGACUUAUACGAAUUAACCAAGAUCUGUUUUAACGAUGGGACCGAUGAAAGCGGUCCGGAUUAUUGUUCCCCCACCCCCAGCGAAAGCUGCAAUGUCUAUCAAAAAUAUCGCUCUUACGAUGGUAGCUGUAACAAUUUGCGACACUCUGCUUUAUUCGGCGUUGCAAAUACGCCAUUCCGAAGAGGAUUGCCUGCCGAUUAUGCUGAUGGUAUUAGUCAACCGCGGGCAUCUCGUAGCGGCACGCCGUUACCAUCGGCCAGAGUGGUCAGCAUCGAAGUGCAUAGGCCGUAUUACAGAGAGGAUCUCAAAUUUUCAGUAAUGCUAGCCGUGUGGGGUCAAUUUUUAGAUCACGAUAUAACAGCGACCGCUCCGAGUCGCAAAAACAACGGAGAUACUAUAUCUUGUUGCGGUAAUCAGGCGUACUCUUCGCCAGAAUGUUUUCCCGUCCUUGUAGAACCUUCAGACCCUUUGGCAAAAUACAAUAUAAGCUGCAUGGAAUUUGUGAGAUCCGCACCGAGUCCCACUUGCUGUUUGGGACCUAGAGAACAAAUGAACCAAGUAACCUCGUUUAUAGACGGUUCGGUGGUUUACGGCGCUGAUGAGAGCAAAGCUCAAUCUCUCAGAACGUUCGAGGGUGGUUUUUUGAAAACGUACGUUACAAAAGAUAACCGGACGCUGUUACCGAUAUCGCAUGAUAUGGCCGAUGGAUGCAAUAGAGACGACGAAAGAGAAAGGGGCAGAUAUUGCUUUUUGGCGGGCGACGACAGAGCUAACGAAAAUCUGCAUCUGGUCACUAUGCACUUGAUAUGGGUGCGGCAGCACAAUCGGUUAGCGACCCAGUUAUCUACGAUGAACCCCCAUUGGAACGACGAAAUUUUGUUUCAAGAAGCGCGAAGACUAGUGGGUGCGCAAAUGCAGCAUAUAACGUAUAACGAAUUUUUGCCGAUACUCUUGGGUAUGAGUUGGUUACUUCGAAAAUUCAAUCGUGACUCGGUUGCUUGCGUUCCAGGAGAUCGAAUCAUGAAGCAGUUUCAAUUGAGCCCACAGCAAUACGGUUAUUUCAACAAAUACAGCGACCAUAUCGACCCCAACAUAGCAAACGAGUUUGCAACCGCGGCGUUCAGAUUUGCCCACACGAUUAUACCGGGAUUGAUCAAGUUGCUUGCGAAUGACUCGACGAGUCCGGAAUACGUGCAAAUGCAUAAAAUGCUUUUCGAUCCUUUCGCAUUGUACGACGAAGGAGAACUCGACAGGAUCCUAAGAGGUGCCAUGAAUACGAGUAUAGAAGCAUCGGAUAGUUAUUUCUCGAACGAACUAAAGUCACACAUGUUCGAACGUGACACGAAGCAAACCAACGAAUCGAAAAAAUGCGGCUUGGAUUUGGUUUCGUUGAACAUUCAAAGGGGUAGGGACCACGGUCUACCCGGUUACGUGUUUUGGAGGAAAAAAUGUGGACUUGCAGUGCCUCAUACGUUCGACAAUUUAAGGGAAGUUAUGGACCGAGACCCAUUGGAAAAUAUAAAAUCUGUCUAUCGGACUGUUGAAGAUAUAGAUUUGUACAGCGGAGCAGUGAGUGAGAAACCCCUAGAAGGAAGUAUUCUAGGACCCACGUUUACGUGCCUUAUCCUCGAUCAAUUUAUGAGGAUUAAAUACGGCGACCGAUUUUGGUAUGAAAAUUCUUGCAACUGGCAAUCUUUUACGGGCGAGCAAUUAAAUGAAAUUCGUAAAACUACUCUAUCGGGUGUUAUAUGUGACAAUGCGGACGAUUUGUCGUAUAUACAACCUAGAGUGAUGGAAAGAUCUGGAAACAAAAAUGAAUACACCAACUGUGCGUCGAUCCCAAAACCAAAUUUAAAAUUGUGGCAGGACAAACUUAAUCGCCUCAGAGUACCAACUACGAAGCUUAAUGUAAUUACCUUUAAAUAAAAUUAUCUUCCAAAUAUUGUUUUGUAUGAUUGACAUUUUAUUUUAUAAUGAAUUGUGCGAAGUUUGCAAUAAAAUGUGUU